AAACGCGCACCAAUUUGUAUUAUCGUAUCCAUUCCAAAGACAGCUGAACAAGAGAACAACACUGCAGUUGCGCAACCAAACAAAACUGUUCAGGACAAUCCCAUAUGCACUAGUGAUAGAUAGUAUCGUAGUGUCACAUAAAUAAGAUUCAAAAAGUUUUAUUUAUUUCGAAGAGGUGAGUGAGCAAAGCAAGUGAGCCAUUUGCACAGGCCGGCAGAUCGCUCACCAUGGAGGUGAAGGUGAUGAGCUCUAGACUUGUCAAGCCGUCCUAUCCACCUGGUGUGCCGCAACCAGACACCACCCAGCAUGUGCCUUGCUCGGUGUUCGACAAGAUCACAUACCACAUACAGAUGGCCAUCAUCUACGCCUUCUCACCUCCGGUGCCCUCCAUCGCGGACAUUGAGCACGGCCUCGCCGCCGUGUUGGGCGUGUACCGGGCAUUCGCCGGCCAGGUCCGUCCGGGCCCGGAUGGCGAGCUCGGCGUGCUGCUCAACGACCACGGCGCGCAGCUCACCGAGGCGUUCGUGGACGCCCACCUUAUUGUUGUCGCACCAGCGAGGCCGUCGCCAGAGCUGCAGCAGCUGCACCCUGGGCUACAUGUCGAGAUCGAGGAGGUGGUGCAGGUGCAGCUCACGACGUUCACGUGCGGCUCGCUCGUGGUGGGGUUCACCGCGAACCACGCCGUCGCCGACGGUCGUGCCACCAGCAGCUUCCUCGUCGCAUGGGGCCGCACCAUGCGCGGCUUCCCGAUCGGCCUGCCGCCGCCGCCGCUACACCACCACCCAGGGCUCUUCCCGCCCCGAGACCCGCCGCGCUUUGAGUUCGAGCACCGCGGUGUGGAGUACCGCGCGCGCCCGACGCCGCCUGCAUCAUCAUCAUCAUCAUCCCACCUCGUCACAGCCCACGGUGAGACGACCCACCGUCACGACAUCGUGAUCCACAAGGCGCACUUCACCGGGGAAUUCAUCACCGCGCUCCGCGCCAAGGCAUCAGAAGGCCGCGGCCACCCAUUCAGCCGGUUCGAGACCAUCGUCGGCCAUGUAUGGCGUGCCAUGACGCGCGCGCGCGGCCUCCGUGACCCGUGCCAGGCGUCCGCCAUACGAAUCUCCGUCGACGGGCGGCCGCGCCUCGGAGUUCCGCAGGAAUACUUCGGCAACCUCGUGCUCUGGGCGUUCCCACGCACCACGGUGGGCAACCUGCUGACGCAGUCGCUAACUCAUGCGGCGCAGGUGAUCCACGACGCGGUGAAGCAGGUGGACCGUGCCUACUUCCAGUCCUUCCUGGACUUCGCGAGCUCCGGCGUGGUGGAGGAGGAGGGGUUGGAGACGACGGCCGUGCUCAGCAGUGACGUGUUGUGCCCGGAUCUAGACGUGGAUAGCUGGCUAACGUUCCCAUUCCAAGAGCUAGACCUGGGCACCGGUGGCCCGUCCUACUUCAUGCCGCCCUACAUCCCAAUAGAGGGGAUGUUCUUCCUCGUGCCGUCCUGCCUCGGCGAUGGCAGUGUCGACGCCUUCGUGCCUGUGUUCAAGCAUACCCUUGAGGCCUUCAUGCAGUGCUGCUGCUCCGUGGAGUAGGCAACAAAGCCAAUCAGUCAAAGCUUCCAGUAGUGAAUGGAAUAAUAUUCAAAUAAUUAAGCUCUUGCUGGAAAUUUUAAUAAUCUCUGUAACGUAUUUGCAUAUGCGUGCAUUGUUAGUAUAUAUCGCCCUGGAUUAGUAA